AUGCAACCCAUUGGCCGACGACGCCGCUGGCGUGAUGUGGUGGAGCGGGCGCAAUUCAAUGCGCAGUUACGACAAUUGCGGGAUCCUGUCCCUGGGGAUAAUAUUGGUAUGGCGUUAACUGAAGCGCUCCACCAAGCCAUUGAAACAGAACUCGGCCGCGAGCAGCGACCUGCCCAUCAUUUUGUGAAUUUUGCCAUUACGGCUCAUGGGUUCACCCACGCCUAUCAAACCGCCAAUUUUACCGUGGGGGAGUUUUUACAGCGUACCGCUCGUUUGGAUGAAAUGUUAGCCACGUUGGCUGGGAAGUUGAACAGCAAUGAAGCCUUCAACCCUGAUCGUGGGUUCCAAGUGGAUGUGGUGUUUGUCUCUAUGCCCGGCCCAGGGUCUGGUCGACAUAAACAACGCAAUGUCGGACGUUACUGCCUGGAUCGAGACAACAAGAAAAAAAAAUGUAUCAUCCCUAUUCGAAACAGAGAUGCCUUAUGCUGUGCCCGCGCUAUCGUCACCAUGCGCGCCUAUUGCCACAAAGAUCAAGGGGUGGAUGAGUUUCGUCAAUGGGAGAAUCUGAAAAAAGGGUGUCCUGUGCAACAACGUCAAGCCCAGGCCUUUCAUCAACAAGCGGGUGUAGCUGAGGGUCCCUGUGGUUUACCCGAGCUUCGCCAAUUUCAGCAAGCGUUGGGGUCUCAAUAUCAAUUGCUGGUGAUGACCCGGAUCAAGCCGUUCUCUCUGAUCUUCAAAGGACCUGAUGCCCCUCAUAAGAUUCGUUUACUGAAAUCCAAUGAUCAUUUUGAUGGCUGCAAGUCCUUUCCUGCGUUUGUCAACCGUUCCUAUUAUUGUCUGGACUGUGAACGGGGGUUCAAUACCAACGAUCGUUCUAAUCAUACUUGUCAAGGGAGACGCUACACUGCGUGUGGUCGAUUUGACUGUCCGGAUUAUGUGCGUGGCACCCGCCCCACAGACUAUUGCCCCUUCUGUCAUUGCAAGUUUUAUGGUGGUGAUUGUAAACGUUAUCAUGUGGUCAGCAAACAAUGUCAAUCCAUCAAAACUUGUCUCAAGUGUCAAGCCCAGUACACCGUGGUUCCCAACAAACGUCACCAGUGUGGGCAUGCCAAAUGCCAGGUAUGUCAGGAAUGGGUGUCUAUCCAACACCACAAGUGUUACAUUCAGCCCGUGGUGGAGGAACAAGAGACUGAACCAACAGAGGAGGAGGGAGGUAGCAUGGUGGCGCCACCUCCUCCCCUGUUUGUUUAUGCGGAUUUUGAAGCUAUGCAAAAUGCGGAAGGCGUAUUUGUAGCCAAUUUGUUAUGUUAUUCAUCCAGUGAAGAAACAACCAUUCAUGUGUUGGACGGGGAGGACUGCGCCCUACAAUUUUUGCGCGAUUUGGAUGAUCUCACCGACCUCCCGGACCAAGAAGGUGAACGGGAAAUUCUCGUGGUGUUUCACAAUUUGAAAGGCUUUGACGGCAUGUUCAUUUUGCACGAACUGUACCAGCAACAACGCGAGGUGGUGGAACAAUUGACCGUGGGCGCCAAAGUGUUGUCCUUCAAGAGCGGACCCCUCAAAUUCAUUGACUCGUUGUGUUUCUUGCCUAUGCCGCUGGCCUCCUUUCCCAGCACCUUCAAUUUAACCGAAUUAAAGAAGGGCUUCUUUCCUCACUUGUUCAAUACCCCCGAUCACCAACAGUACGUGGGGCGUAUCCCCGAUUUGGAGUUUUACGAUCCCGAGGGCAUGAUGGUCAAAAAGAAAGACGAACUGACGCGUUGGCAUGCGGACCAAGUCCGUCGUAACGAGCGCUUUGAUUUUCGUCAAGAAAUGAUCGACUAUUGCAAAUCAGAUGUGGCUCUCUUAAAAGCGGGGUGUGAAGCCUUUCAACAAGAAUUCGAACAGCAGGCUGGUUUCAACCCCAUGGCCAAGUGCAUGACCAUCGUCAGUGCCUGCAACCUGUAUUGGCGCAAACACCAUCUGACUCCCGACACCAUCGCCGUCGAACCUCUAGGGGGCUGGCGAGGCGCCCAGGUCAAUCAAUCGCUCAAGGCCCUACAAUGGCUCUAUUAUCAAGAACACCUCAUUCCCAAAGAGGGGGCCAGUGCCGACCGCCUUCGACACGUUCGUAAUGGGGGCGAACAGUCGGUUCGGACCACCGCCAACAGUUAUUUCGUGGAUGGCUACGAUCCCCUGACCCGCACCGUCUAUGAAUUUCAUGGAUGUCUCUACCAUGGCUGUCCCCGCUGUUAUCCCAACAGACGAGCCAAGCAUUAUGCGGUGCCGGACAGAAGCGUGGAAGAACUCUAUCAAGCCACGCUCUCCAAACGCAUGGCCCUGCUCCGAGCCGGUUAUACGGUGAUCGAAAUGUGGGAGUGUGAAUGGGACCAAUUGGUGGACACAAAUGAAGCCGUCCAGCGUUUCCUGAAUUCGUUCGAUCUGGUACCACCCCUGGAACCCCGCGAAGCCUUCUUUGGGGGUCGAACGGGUGCCGUGGCCCUGCAUGCCGUGGCUGGGGAGAAUGAAGAGAUACGUUAUGUGGAUGUCACCUCCCUGUACCCGUGGGUGAACAAAAACUGCCCUUACCCCAUUGGACAUCCCAAGAUCAUCACCCAACCCGUCGACCAGUCCCUGGCAUCGUAUUUUGGUCUGGCCACCGUGGACAUUCUUCCCCCCGCUGGCUUAUUCCACCCGGUCUUGCCUGUACGCGGUGGCCAAAAGCUCACGUUUCCUCUCUGCCGUGCCUGUGUCCAGACAGAGCAAGCCCAACCCAUGUUAAGCAGAACCCAUUAUUGCCCUCAUUCUGACGCCGAUCGCACGCUACGCGGGACCUGGUGCACGCCCGAACUCGUCAAAGCCGUCGAAAAGGGGUACACCCUCAUCAAGAUCCACGAAGUCUGGCAUUUUCCCCCCGAACAACGCCAAACAGGUCUUUUCGCCCAUUACGUCAACACCUGGCUAAAAUUGAAACAAGAAUCAGCGGGGUGGCCCAGUUGGUGUCAGACCCUCGAACAGAAACGAGACUACAUUCUUCGUUAUCAAGAGAGGGAGGGCAUCCGUCUGGACAUUAGCAGUAUCGCCAAAAAUCCCGGACGCAAGGCUACCGCCAAGCUCAUGCUCAACAGUUUCUGGGGCAAAUUCGGCGAGCGCAUUAACAAACCCACCACCGUCACCGUCCAAAGCCCCGCCCAUUUGUUCCGACUCCUUUUCGAUGCCACCCUCGAUAUCAGCACGCUCCGCCUUUGUACCGACGAUAUCCUGGAAGCCGUCUACACGAGUGUCCAAGACAAUGCCGUCAAAGGCACCAAAACGAACAUCUUUGUGGCGGCUUUCACCACGUGCCAUGCUCGACUCAAGCUCUACGAGUCCCUGGACACCCUUCAACAACAAGUCCUCUAUUAUGAUACAGAUAGUGUCGUGUACAAGUGGCGUCCCGGUCAACCCAGCAUUGCCACCGGGGAUUUUCUGGGGGAUAUGACGGACGAACUGGAUGGAGACGUCAUCACUGAGUUUGUUUCUGGGGGCGCCAAGAAUUAUGGGUACCAGACCCGUGGAGGCAAAGUGGUGUGCAAGGUACGCGGUUUCACGUUGAACGUCCGUGGCUUCGCCAUUCUCAAUUUUCAUACCAUGAAAGAGAACAUUCUUUCGGAAUUAAACUCGCCUCAGGACGCUCGCCGAAAUUUGAACAUUGUCAAUCCCUAUCAUUUCACACGAGAUCUAGAAAAAAAACGCAUUCAAGUGGUUCGGCGCGUCAAGCAGUAUGGGUUGGUGUUCGACAAGCGCGUGAUCGAUGUGGCCACUCGAUCCAGCUAUCCCUAUGGUUACGAGAGGAUU